CCAAGGAUAUUCGAUUGUCUAUCACAAUGGCUCAAAUACGAUCUAUGGAAGCCCGCGUUGGGCGGAAAAACCAACGGUACGGUUCAAAAGGCGAGCGACUGGUAGCCGGCGUUGUCCCUAUUUCCGCCGACAAGACCAAAGUCCUCAUGAUUCAGUCCGCAGGACCCGGAGGUUGGGUGCUCCCCAAGGGUGGAUGGGAGCUCGAUGAAAAAACCGCAGAGCAGGCUGCAUGCCGUGAGGCCUGGGAGGAAGCCGGUGUCAUCUGCAUUGUCAUCAGAGAUCUGGGACUCAUCCCAGACAUGAGACCGUCCGGCCUUCUCACGGCGCAAGCGCCCAAAGCCUCAUAUCAGUUCUUUGAAGUCUCCGUCGAGCGAGAGGAAACCGAAUGGCCCGAGAUGCACAAGCGGAAACGGCAAUGGGUGGCUUAUGCCCAAGCGGCCACUGCCCUCGCGAAUCGACCCGAGUUGCUUGAAGCGUUGAAUCGCAGCUCGUUGAAGCGGUAG